AGGCCGAGGCUCCUCCCCGCUCCCUCCUCCGGCAGCGGCCGGGAAGGAGAGGGUCCGGGCCACAAAGCCGCGCGGGGCGGGCCCAAGACACAGUCGGCGUGCAGCCCACCUGCCGGACGGAGCUGCUCUGCCGGCAACCACGGGGACAGCAGCUGGCCGGAGACUCGCAGUGCUGGCGGCAAGAGGCGGUCGGGUUUGGAGCGCUCGGGUCGCUUCGGUGCGCGGUGGAACGCGCCCAGAGACUCGGGUUCCCGCGAGCAGUGCCGCGCAGCACCGCGCCGCGCUUGGAUGAGGAGAGAAAAGCAGAAAUUAGGCAAGAACUUAACUGCAGUCACGAAACUAGUAAGCAGCAGAUUCAAGAUUCAAACCUUGGCAGCCAGAAACUGGAGCUGGAUUUCUAAACCACUUUAUUAUUCUAACACAAGGAGACUAAGCUGAAAUUGCUGCUCAGCUCCCAAGAUGGUGCCACCCAAAUUGCAUAACCUUUUCUACCUUUGCGGCUGCCUCACUGUGGUUCAUCCUUUUGACUGGCAAUACCUAAAUCCUGUUGCCCAUAUGAAAUCGUCAGCAUGGGUCAACAAAAUACAAGUAGUGAUGGCUGCUGCAUGCUCUGGCCAAACUAAAAUUCCCCGGGGAAAUGGGCCUUAUUCCAUUGGUUGUACAGACUUAAUGUUUGAUCACACUAACAAGGGCACCUUCUUGCGUUUGUAUUAUCCAUCCCAAGAUGAUGAUCGCCUUGACACCCUUUGGAUCCCAAACAAAGAAUAUUUUUGGGGUCUCAGUAAAUGUCUUGGAAGACACUGGCUUGUGGGCAACAUUUUGAGGUUACUCUUUGGUUCCAUGACAACUCCUGCAAACUGGAAUUCCCUGCUGAGGACUGGUGAAAAAUAUCCACUCGUUGUUUUUUCUCAUGGUCUUGGAGCAUUCAGGACACUUUAUUCUGCUAUUGGCAUUGACCUGGCAUCUCAUGGGUUUAUAGUUGCUGCUGUAGAACACAGAGAUGGAUCGGCAUCUGCAACUUAUUAUUUCAAGGACCAAUCUGCUGCAGAAAUGGGGAACAAGUCUUGGCUCUACUUUAGAGCCCUGAAACAAGAGGAUAUGCAUAUACGAAAUAAGCAGGUACAGCAAAGAGCAAAAGAAUGUUCCCAAGCUCUCAGUCUGAUUCUUGACAUUGAUCAUGGAAAGCCAGUGAAGAAUGCAUUAGAUAUAAAGUUUGAUAUGGAACAACUGAAGGGCUCUAUUGAUAGAGAAAAAGUAGCAGUAAUUGGACAUUCUUUUGGUGGAGCAACAGUUAUUCAGACUCUUAGUGAAGAUCAGAGAUUCAGAUGUGGUAUUGCCCUGGAUGCAUGGAUGUUUCCACUGGGUGAAGAAGUAUAUUCCAGAAUUCCUCAGCCCCUCUUUUUUAUUAACUCUGAACAUUUCCAAUAUCCUGCUAAUAUUCUAAAAAUGAAAAAAUGCUACUCACCUGGUAAAGAAAGAAAGAUGAUUACAAUCAGGGGUUCAGUCCAUCAGAAUUUUGCUGACUUUACUUUUGGAACUGGCAAAAUAAUUGGACGUAUGCUCAAAUUAAAGGGAGAUAUAGAUUCAGAUGUAGCUAUUGAUCUUAGCAACAAAGCUUCAUUAGCAUUCUUGCAAAAGCAUUUAGGACUUCAUAAAGAUUUUGAUCAGUGGGACCGCUUGAUUGAAGGAGAUGAUCAGAAUCUUAUCCCAGGGACCAACAUUAACACAACCAAUCCACACAUCAUGCUACAGAACUCUUCAGGAAUAGAGAAAUAGGAUUAAAGGGAUUUUGUUAAAGUCUUGUUCCUAAACUGUCUAAAAUUAUGUGUAUAUAUGUACAUGAGAGGAAGAGAGAGACUUUUAAUGUAUUUUCCCAAAGGACUCAUUUUAAAAUAUAGGUGAUACUAUAAUGGUGAUUGAAGCUUGGGCUAAGAAUUUUUUCCCUUUACAUGUAAAGAAUACAGUAUACAAUAUUCAUAUCAACCUAAAUUUUAAUUUUACUAAGAUGAUUCCUUUUUAGUGUCAAAGUUAAAAACUGCUUUUACACUACUUUGAUAGACAAGUAGAUUAAAACAGGCAAAAUGCCAGUGGAAAACUGUUGCAAUGAUACAAGACUCCCUAUAUAUAUAGUAAAAACAAAAUUUCUUGCCUUUUAUUCUCUAUUCUAGGCAAUAGGGUUAGUUUUAGCAGCUUGAUAUUCUAAGUAGAAUUUGGCAGCACUUCUCUUUGACUUCUGGUCUUGGUAACAAAAAUUAGAUCAAGCAAAAGCCAUUGUUUUACACAGGAUUGGUGGUACCCCACAAUUUCAAAUCAUGACUAAAUGAGGGGUAGAGAAGGGUUAAGAAUAUUAGAGAUAAGAUGAAGGCAAUGGAUUAGAGAAAAUAGGUAGUUUGGGGCAUUUUCUUUAAUUCUUUAAUGCAUUCUACUUACUAAAGAAAGGUUUCAUUGAAUUGCUUCAUUGAAGCAAUUCAUUCAUGAAUUUCAUUGAAUUGUUUCAUUGAAGGUAUUAUAGCUUACAGUAGGGAUUCCAGUUAUAAUACAUUACUCACACAAAGGCUGUGAAGGUUAAUAAAACAUUCAGAAUUACAUUUAGCUUCUUCAUAUUUCAAUAACUUUAAUGUUUUCAAUUCUAUAUGUAGUAGUAAAACAGAAUGACAUGAUUAAAUGGAGGUAAAAAUAUAGCUUAAGAGUUUAUACAUACACUUAUAAAUAUGGGAAUCAUGGAAAAUGAUUUUAUUUCCUAAGGGAUAUAAAAAUGUAUACCAUUCAUUUGGUACCUUAGUCCUGUCUUAUUGGUUUCAGGUGAAAAGUCACUCAUUCUGAGAAAUUUGACUUCUGUAGCCAUUCAGAUUAAAUUUUUUUAAAUAGGGAGCUAAACUCAGCUUGAAAAUGAAGGCUUUCUAUAAUCUGACCCUAAUGCAUCUUCUCUGAGCUUUUCUCCUGGCAGUUCAUACUAUAUUGUCUAUAUGAGUAAGCCAAACGUCUACUCAUUAUCCCACGAAUAAGUAAUAUACUCAUUUACCUCAAUUACUUUUAAUACAAAACCAUCUCCUUUCUACUUACUGAAAUCAUACCUGGUUUUUAAGGUUCAUAAUUCUAUUUCAAUUAGGCUACAGAGUCUGAUAAUGCUUCAUAGACAUACACCUUUACCCCAGUCUCAUUUACCUUCUCCCUAUUCAUUGUAGAAAUAAACAUUUCAACUGUAUGGAUGUCCCAUUCAACACUUUUUUUUUUUUUUUAACAAUCUUUUGUUGGUGGUCCAUGCUGAUGCUGAAAGGAGAAAACUAUUGAAAAUAUCUAAUAAGGUUAAAAAGAAAUAACCUAGCAUAGUGCACAAUGAGUAUUUUUCAGAAAAAAGAAACAAACAUUUACCAAAUGCCUACUCCUUUUCAGGGACUUUACAUCAAUUAUUUCCAAAACACUGCAAGAAAGGUUUUAUUACCACUACUUUAGUAGUGGAGAAGAUCAAAGCUCAAAAUAUUAUAUAAUUUUCCCAUGUGACAUAUCUGUUAAGCAGUAUAUAGCUAAGCUCUGUUUUCAGAAACUAAGAUCUAUACUUUGCAAAAUCAUGUUUAAAGUCACGGGCAUUAAAGUUAGGUAUGUCUGGGUUUUACCAAGCCUCUGAGACUCACUAGCUAGCGGACCUUAGGCAACUUAUUUAACUUCUCUAAGGAGCUUCAAUUUUCUCGCCUAUAAAAUAUGGAUAAUAUUGAUAUGUACCUCAAAGUUGAUGAUUAAAGUGAAAAAAUACA